ACUCCAAAAAGGAUAUUCCCUCUCUUUCUCUUUCUCUCUCUCAUUACAAACUUUGAUCAUAUGGCUAAGUCUAGAACCAUGAAGAAAAAGAAUGGUAUCAAGGUCGUCGUCGAGAAGCUUCAAAAGAGCCUAUCGCGAGGUCGAAAACCGUUUAAUGCGAAUAGUAAUGAGAAUUUUGACGAAGUUGUGGACUCGACUGCGGUCCCGGAGGAUGUGAAAGAAGGGCAUUUUGCGGUGGUGGCAGUGGACGGGGAGGAGCCGAAACGAUUUGUAGUUCCAUUGAGUUGUUUGACACACCCUAUGUUUUUGAGGCUGUUGGAGCAAGCAGCUGAAGAAUAUGGUUUUGACCAUGAAGGUGCAUUGACAAUCCCAUGUCAGCCAGGUGAGGUUGAGAAGAUUUUGGCUGAGCAAUGGAAGUUAGAGUCUAAAAAAGACUCUAGAGAUGCAAUUACUUGGGGAACUUUGUGUAGAGCCAUCAUUCAAAGUUAUUGAAAUUACUACUAAAAAGGUUUUGUAUUUUUUUUUCUUUUAAUUAUUAGCCCUGUGUUUAUUGUAAAAGUAACAAUAAAGAUAUAUAUUGUCAGC